GUCACAAUUUUUUUUUCUUUAAAAAAAUUAUAGCAUUUGAUUACAACUGUCUUCUUUUCACACAUAAAACAUGCCAAAAAUCUCAAGAUCCAAAUCAAAAAAAGUCGAAAAUCCUGUACGUUUAAGAAAAUUUGCAGUUUCUGAGAAAGAAGUAUUGGAAAAAAUCGUUACUGACAAUGGAGAGAUCAAAACUGUUCCAAAUAAAAGUCAAGAAGUAGCGAAAAAAGACCAAAAAAAGAAAGCAAGACAUGAAGCCUGGUUAGAAAAACUUGAUCAUGCGUAUAAUGUAAAAAAGAAGUUACAAAAGAAAGAGAAUAAAAAGAAAAAUGGGCUUAAAACUGAUUUAAGUAGUAUUCACGAUAUUUUGAAUGACAUUGAGAUCAAGCCCAAAUCAGAACUUGAAAGUAAAGCAACACAUGCUAAAAAGCUUGAACAACCUAUUAAACAAGCAGCCAUACCCUCUAAUAAAAUCAGGUCUAAAAAAGCAAAGAAACAGGCCGAAAUGCAAGAGAUUUUACGAAUGCAAAAAGUUAUGCAACACAGCGCAUUUAAACAAAAUCCAUUAGCAACUAUCCGACAACAUAUAGAAAACACAUUUAACACUUAAUUUAGUAUUAUUACUUUAUAUAAUAUUUUGGAAAUAGAUACACCUUUUUUUUUUCUUUUAUACAUUUUCACUAAAGGCUUUAAAAUUUGCUUUUCCAGUUGUAUUUCUUCACUUUUCCACUAGUAUAAUCAGUUUAACAAAGAC